AUGGGUUUUGUCAAAAUUCUUUUGCUUUGUUUAUGUGUUGUGGUGACAUUGUUUCCUCAACUUGUAGUGUGCAUAACAAGGCACUAUACAUUUAAUAUUGAGUACAUGAAUGUUACAAGAUUGUGCCACACAAGAACCAUUCUUAGUGUGAAUGGGAAAUUCCCUGGACCUCGUUUAGUGGCAAGAGAAGGUGAUAGAGUUUUGGUCAAAGUGGUUAAUCAUAUCUCAAACAAUGUAACCAUUCAUUGGCAUGGAGUCAGGCAGAAGACAACUGGUUGGUCUGAUGGACCAGCAUAUGUUACACAAUGUCCAAUUCAAACCAACCAAACAUAUACAUACAACUUCACCAUUACUGGACAAAGAGGGACCUUGUUUUGGCAUGCUCAUAUAUCAUGGCUAAGAGCAACCCUUUAUGGACCUAUCAUCAUUCUCCCUAAGCAUAAUGAAUCUUAUCCUUUUCAGAAACCACAUAAAGAAAUCCCCAUUCUUUUUGGUGAAUGGUAUAAUGUUGACCCUGAAGCAGUUAUAAAUCAGGCACUGCAGACAGGAGGGGGACCAAAUGUUUCAGAUGCAUACACCAUCAAUGGUCUUCCAGGACCAUUCUAUAAUUGUUCCUCUAAAGAUACAUUCAAGCUAAAGGUGAAGCCAAACAAGACAUAUCUACUAAGGAUAAUCAAUGCGGCACUCGAUGAAGAACUCUUCUUUAGCAUUGCAAAUCAUUCCUUAACAGUUGUUGAAGCUGAUGCUAGAUACACAAAACCAUUCAACACAAACACAAUCCUCAUCACACCAGGACAAACCACAAAUGUUCUUCUCAAAACCAAAUCAUAUUUUCCCAACACCACUUUCCUCAUGGUUGCUAGACCUUAUGUAACAGGCCUUGGCACAUUCGACAAUUCUACCCUUGCAGGUAUCUUGUAUUACAAGCAACACAAUUCUUCAAUAAAAAAUCUCCCUUUUCUGAAACCUAUAAUUCCACAAAUAAAUGACACAAAUUUUGCAUCAAACUUCUCAAGAAAAUUCAAAAGCUUAGCCGAUUCUAAAUUCCCUAUCAAUGUACCGAAAAAAGUCGACAAAAAGUUUUUCUUCACAGUUGGAUUAGGAACUAGUCCUUGUCCAAAAAACACAACAUGUCAAGGUCCAAUCAAUAACACAAAAUUUGCAGCCUCAGUGAGCAAUUUCUCAUUUGUUCUUCCAUCAGUUUCUAUUAUGCAAGCAUACUAUUUCGGAAAAUCGAACGGAGUGUACAAAACUGAUUUUCCUGAAACCCCUUUGAACCCUUUUAAUUACACAGGAACACCACCAAAUAACACAAUGGUUAACAAUGGUACAAAAUUGGUUGUGUUGCAAUUUAAUACUAGUGUGGAGUUGGUUUUGCAGGAUACUAGUAUUCUUGGUGCUGAGAGUCACCCUUUGCAUCUUCAUGGCUAUGAUUUCUUUGUUGUUGGACAAGGUUUUGGAAAUUAUGAUCCUAAUAAAGAUCCUGCAAAAUUUAACUUGGUUGAUCCUGUUGAAAGAAACACUAUUGGUGUUCCGGCUGGUGGUUGGGUUGCCAUUAGAUUUUUUGCAGAUAAUCCAGGGGUAUGGUUCAUGCAUUGUCACCUAGAGAUACAUACAAGUUGGGGAUUGAGAAUGGCAUGGCUUGUAUUAGAUGGUCAAGAGUCCAAUCAGAAGCUUCAACCACCACCUUCUGAUCUUCCAAAAUGUUGA